AUUGGGCAUCUCCGAAUGACCCACUCACAGUCUCGCUCGUCGGAGCAGAAGCAGCCAAGAAAAGCGGCGGCCAUGGCGGCGGCGGCGGCGGCGGCGAGCACCACGAGCAUGAUGACGAGGCCGCAGCUGCUCCACCUCUUCUCCCGCUUCUCCUUCCUCACCUCCCUCCCAGAGGUCAAGGCACGGAUCGCCGACGCCGUCAGGGACAAGCAGUCUUCUUUGGGGGUGCGAUUGGAACAGAUGAGCUUAGCUAGAUAUGAGGCUGUAGCGGUGACCACCGAGAUACAGGAGGAGAUUCUCCGCGAGAUGGGAAUCGAUCCAAGUUUUGGUAUUGGCUGCCUUGGAAAGGUGAACGUUAUGUAUGAGGAUGACAUGGAAUUGAUGGUUAAGUUCUAUCAGUUUGUUGCCAAAGAAGAGAUGGCUAUUGAUGAAGCUGAGCUUGACCCUAUAGAGUUUGCUGAAAAAAUACAUGCUCAGCAUAAAUUACAGGAACAGCAACUGAAGAUGUUGAUUCAGAUGAGAAAAUAUAACCCAGAGAGCCAAUCCGUCAUACUCGAAACUUUGCGCAAACAGUUGGAGAGUGCUAAUUUCGAUACCGACGCGUCGAUCUUGACUCCGGAGCAGAUCCAAGAGAUUGUUGAGAACUAGAUCAAAAAACCAUAUCAACAGCUAUUGUGCAUAUGUUCUGUUUAAAUCUGAUUGCUGUACAUUUCUAUUGCUCAUACAAGAUAUACCAGCUUAAUUAAGUGUUACUCAGCUCUCGCCAUGGUUUAUGGCAUCCA